ACUGUUCAGUUCACCAAACUUGUCCACUAUAAACUGGUGUAGUGUCAGGAAGACAAAGAGUGAGGCUGAUCUGAGAGGAAGCUGCAGAAGCACAGGAAGAGCUGCUGCUGUUUAAACAAGAGCUCAACAUAUAUAUAUAUAUAUAUAUAAAGCAGAAGACGAGUGUCAGACACACAGAAUGGCUGAUAGGAGUCCUCUGUUUCUGCUGCUCAUCUUCUGGACACUCAGCACAGGUGUGUUUAUAGCAGGAGAGACUCGUGUGUUCAGCAGAUCUGGAGAAACUGUUCAUCUGCCCUGUAGAAACACUGAUCAACACUGCAACACAUCAGAAACUACAUGGCUCAACAGCAGUUACAGACAGACAGCAGCAGUGGCAAUGUUUACUUUAGGGGUGAAGCAGACAAACUCAGAGAGACUGAAUCUGGGCUCUGACUGCUCUCUGAUCAUCAGUAGAGUCACAACAGAAGAUGCUGGACUUUACACCUGUCAACAGUGGAGUGGAAACCAACAACAAGGACCUGAUUCACGUGUGUUUCUGCAUGUUGUUGCUGUCUCUUCAUCAUCUUCAUCAUCAUCUUCAUCUGAUAUUGGUCCGGGUCUCUCUCUGACUCUCUCCUGUCGGCUGUAUUCAGAUGCUGGACUCUCCUGUGAUGAUUUGUUCAGAUCUCAGCAUUUUCGUCUGUCCUGGGUGAAUGAGGCUGGUGUUGAUCUGAACACAGACUCCAGAUAUCAGAUCUCUUCUACAGGCUGUAUCAUCAGUCUGUCUACAACACUCAUCAGUGAAGAUGAAGAUAAACAGUGGAGAUGUGGAGUCUAUCAGAGAAAUCAACUGAAGACCUCAGACACGUUUACUGUCCACUAUUCAGCCGCAGAUCUGCCAAAUACAGCAGAGCCAAAACACGAGAAUCCACAAGCAGAAACAGCAGCAGCAGACACAACUGAAGGUGGAGCAGUGUUUCUCUCACAUCACUGCACAAUACUAGAGUUAUAGUGUGUGUUGAUGAGUUAUUAAACUGAUGUUCUGCUGCUGU